ACGCCCUUCACCCCCAGCCGCCUCCUCGUCUUCUCGUUCAAAGCUUCAAUUGUCAAGGACGUUUUUACCACUAGAGUAUCGGACAUCUGGUUUCAGAUCUCACCGCCGAGCAUCGGGAGAUCCAUGGCCUCACCAGCUCGUCGUGCAAGACCUCAAGUCACCGCAGAAGUUCAAGUCAGACUACCACCAAUAAAAUCAUUACAACUAGCACACACAACAACAGAACAAGACACUGUAUACCCAACCCCACUAAGCGCUGCAUGGCCUCCAAAUCAACAAUUCGCAAGAACAACUCCCCUAGUACCAACAACACUAGAUCCAACAGCCUAUCCAACUCCAAUCUCUGCACGUCCACACAGAAACUCAUAUCCACAACAAUUCCAAAACUCUUCAUUUCACUACGUACCACCAACAACCGCAGAAAGUACAACAAGCACUUCAAGUUCAACAAGAAAUUUCUUAGACGACAAGACUCUUCCAUUCGCUCAUGACAGAACUACCACCACCUACCCCCGCUAUCAACAUCCACCACGUGACCCACAACAACCAGACGAUCGAAGCGUGUACACUCCCGCAGAAGCACGCGCAGCCUACCAGCCCAGCCCUAGCCCUUACACACAAGACACACGUCCUUAUCCACAGGACCCGCGUUACACCCAAGACCACCCACGUCCACCCUACACCAGCACUCCUGACCCUAGGUACGACGCACGUGCAACCUACCCAGCUCAAGAUGCGAGGACUUACCAAGACCCGCGGUAUCCGGAUCCGCAGAGGGCGUAUCCGGCUGAUCAACGAAGCUACCAGACCAGCCCUGAGAUCGAGAGGGCCUACCAGGAUGCCCGUUAUCCGCCUCAGGACGCCCGCGCAGCCUAUGACGCGCGCUAUUCCGAUGCCCGUGCCUAUCCUCAGGAAUCGAGGCCCUAUGUGCCUCCGCCGCAGCCAGCUCCACCACAGCCCCAAACGCAAGACACGCGAUACACCCCCACACAAGAACCCCGAAACACAUACCCUCCGCCCGCCCCUCCCUACCCGCCAGCCCAGGAUACGAGACCAUAUGCACCGCCUGUAGAGCGUACUUAUUCCCAGUCCCAUACGGAGGUCCGGGGGUAUCCGGUAGAGAGGCAGCAGCAGCAGUUGGGUUAUUCGCAUGAUGCGCAACAGGGAAGGGCGUCAUCUGUGCUAGAACCGCAGCCACAAUCACAAUUACCUCACUCCCAACCUCCACGCGAACAACGCGGCUCAACUUCCAAUGAUCGUAAUUUAGGCGUAGUUGAGCCUCGCGCCGUAGAAGUCAGGCCUACUUUGUUGCAGAGGCAGUCGGUUGGUGAUGCGAGACCUCUGGCGGUGGAGACAAGGGGGGUGGGUGUAGGGUUGGAGACGCAAGUGAGAAUGGAGACACAGCCGAGGGCGGUGGGCGUGGAGACGCAGAGACAACCAGCAUUCGAGUCACAGAGGGCACCUACAUUCGAAUCGCAAAGGCCACCCGCGUUUGAGUCACAGAGACCACCUGCGUUCGAGUCGCAGAGGCCACCAGCGUUCGAGUCACAGGUUAGAGGUGCGGGGGCGGAGACACAGACACAGACGCAAGGAAGGCAGGCAGUGUUUGAGCCUCAGCCGAGGCAGGCGAAUUUGGAGACGCAGGGGAGACCACCAGUAUUCGAUACCCAGACGAGAUCUACGGCGUUCGAGUCACAAGCAAGACCGACGUUCGAGCCUCAGAGACAGACGAUGCUUGAGCCUCAGCCAAGAUCCACAGUUCUCGAGUCGCAAACAAGACCUGCACCAUUCGAAGCUCAGUCAAGAACUGCGGUGCUCGAAUCACAGGCAAGACCACCUAUGAUGUUGGAAGGUCCAGCAAGAUCUACGGGGUUCAUUUCGCAGUUACAGUCUCAGUCACAAGCCCAGUCCCAGGAAUCUCAACGGGUAGCAGGAGAUGAGAGAAUGGGCAAGGAAGAUGUCAUUCGGGAGAUCGUUCAGCAUUGUACUGCGCUUUAUAAAUUUGCAGAUCAUUAUUGUGAGUUCCUGUCUUGUCUCUCCCCUUUAACUCUCUUCCACGUCAAUCCCCACUCUCAACACUAACCUCCCUCCCACAGCUGCCCUCCAAUCCUCCAACCCACACAUCCAACCACCCCCAGAACAACUCGCAGAAAUGACAGCCCGCGCAGGAGAAGUCGUCCGUCUCCUUGAAGCACUCCGAAGCGACACCCCCAUCUUUCCAUCCUCCCUCCUCUCCGCAUCGGCAUUCGCUUCCACAUCUGGACCCCACGCACUCGUCUCAGUCCACCCCCAUUCCCUAGAAGCAACCGUCAAAGGACACAUGACCUCAAGCUCUAGUCU